UCUAGGGUCAGAAUCAAUUUGGAGUCUCUGGCUUCCAGGUCAGAAUUCUACAUUAUUGGCAGGUGUUCUGUCCUGUGUGUUCAAAAGAACAGUUAAAAUUACUUUGUAAUUGCCCGCCCACGUUUAUGGAGGUUAAAAAUCUGUAAGAGCCUGAUUUUAGAAUUCACCAGCUCCUCAGAAGUUUGGCGAAAUAUGAAUUAUUAAGCCUCCGUUCAGAUCACGUUAGCAACUAGACUGGUGUGACAACCUGUUUUUAAUCAGUGACUCAGAGCUGUUACCACCCUGAUGUCCCCGAAUGGCCACAGCUUGUAAAAGAUCACCAGGAGAAUCCCGGCCUGAGGACAUUGAAGCUAGCCGAAUGAAGCGAGCAGCUGCAAAGCAUCUAAUAGAACGCUACUACCACCAAUUAACCGAAGGCUGUGGAAAUGAGGCCUGCACGAAUGAGUUUUGUGCUUCCUGUCCAACUUUUCUUCGUAUGGAUAACAAUGCAGCAGCUAUUAAAGCCCUUGAGCUUUAUAAAAUUAAUGCAAAACUCUGUGAUCCUCAUCCUUCCAAGAAAGGAGCAAGCUCAGCUUACCUUGAGAACUCAAAAGGUACACCUAACAACUCAGAGGUAAAACUGAACAAGGACGGAAAAGGAGCUAAACCUGAUUUUAAAGAUGUGAAUUACCUAACUGAAGAGAUUGUAUAUGAAAUUCUGGAAGUGUGUAGAGAGAGUGAGGAUUACUCCCCUUUAAUUCGCGUAAUUGGAAAAAUUUUUUCUAGUGCUGAGGCAUUGGUUAUGAGCUUUCGGAAAGUCAAACAACACACUAAGGAGGAAUUGAAAUCUCUACAAGAAAAGGAUGAAGACAAGGAUGAAGAUGAAAAGGAAAAGGCUGCAUGUUCUGCUGUUGCUGCUGCUGCUGCUGCCGCUGCUGCUGCUGCUGCUGCCGCUGCUGCUGCUAUGGAAGAAGACUCAGAAGCAUCUUCUUCCCGGAUGGUUGAUAGCUCACAGGGAGACAACAAUGCACAGAAAUUAGGUCCUGAUGAAGUGACUGUGGAUGUUGAUGCUAUUAGAAGGGUCUACGCCAGUUUGCUCUCUAAUGAAAAACUAGAAACUGCCUUUCUUAAUGCAAUUGUAUAUCUGUCACCUAAUGUGGAAUGUGACUUGCUGUAUCAUAGUGUGUAUGCUCGAGAUCCUAAUUAUCUCAAUUUGUUCAUUAUUGUAAUGGAGAAUAGAAACCUCCACAGUCCUGAAUAUCUGGAAAUGGCCCUGCCAUUAUUUUGCAAAGCUAUGAGUAAGCUACCCCUUGAAGCUCAAGGAAAACUGAUUAGACUUUGGUCUAAAUACAGUGCAGACCAGAUUCGGAGAAUGAUGGAAACAUUUCAGCAACUAAUUACUUACAAAGUCAUAAGCAAUGAAUUUAAUAGCCGAAAUCUAGUGAAUGAUGAUGAUGCCAUUGUUGCUGCUUCAAAGUGUUUGAAAAUGGUCUACUAUGCAAAUGUAGUAGGAGGGGAAGUGGACACAAAUCACAAUGAGGAAGAUGAUGAAGAGCCCAUACCUGAUUCCAGUGAGUUGACCCUGCAGGAGCUUUUGGGAGAGGACAGAAGAAAUAAGAAAGGUCCUCGAGUGGACCCAAUAGAAACUGAACUUGGUGUUAAAACUCUAGAUUGUCGAAAACCACUUAUCUCCUUUGAAGAAUUCAUUAAUGAACCAUUGAAUGAUGUUCUAGAAAUGGAUAAAGAUUAUACCUUUUUCAAAGUUGAAACAGAGAACAAAUUCUCUUUUAUGACAUGUCCCUUUAUUUUGAAUGCUGUCACAAAGAAUUUGGGAUUAUAUUAUGACAAUAGAAUUCGCAUGUACAGUGAACGAAGAAUCACUGUUCUCUACAGUCUAGUUCAAGGACAGCAGUUGAAUCCGUAUUUGAGACUCAAAGUCAGACGUGACCAUAUCAUAGAUGAUGCACUUGUCCGGCUAGAGAUGAUUGCUAUGGAGAAUCCUGCAGACUUGAAGAAGCAAUUGUAUGUGGAAUUUGAAGGAGAACAAGGAGUGGAUGAGGGAGGUGUUUCCAAAGAAUUUUUUCAGUUGGUCGUGGAAGAAAUCUUUAAUCCAGAUAUUGGUAUGUUCACAUAUGAUGAAGCUACAAAAUUGUUUUGGUUUAAUCCAUCUUCCUUUGAAACCGAGGGCCAGUUCACGCUGAUUGGCAUAGUCCUCGGACUGGCUAUUUAUAAUAAUUGUAUACUGGAUGUCCAUUUUCCCAUGGUUGUCUACAGGAAGCUAAUGGGAAAAAAAGGAACCUUUUGUGACUUGGGAGACUCUCACCCAGUUUUAUAUCAGAGUUUAAAGGAUUUAUUGGAAUAUGAAGGGAAUGUGGAAGAUGAUAUGAUGAUCACUUUCCAGAUAUCACAGACAGAUCUUUUCGGUAACCCAAUGAUGUAUGAUCUAAAGGAAAAUGGUGAUAAAAUCCCUAUUACAAAUGAAAACAGGAAGGAAUUUGUCAAUCUUUAUGCAGACUACAUUCUGAAUAAAUCAGUAGAAAAACAGUUCAAGGCGUUUCGCAGAGGUUUCCAUAUGGUGACUAAUGAAUCUCCCUUAAAAUACUUAUUCAGGCCAGAGGAGAUUGAAUUGCUUAUAUGUGGAAGCCGGAAUCUAGAUUUCCAGGCCUUGGAAGAGACUACAGAGUAUGAUGGUGGCUAUACCAGAGAAACUGUUGUGAUUAGGGAGUUCUGGGAAGUUGUUCAUUCAUUUACAAAUGAACAGAAAAGACUCUUCUUGCAGUUUACAACGGGCACAGACAGAGCACCUGUCGGAGGACUGGGAAAAUUGAAGAUGAUUAUAGCCAAAAAUGGCCCAGAUACAGAAAGGUUACCUACAUCUCAUACUUGCUUUAAUGUCCUUUUACUUCCGGAAUAUUCAAGCAAAGAAAAACUUAAAGAAAGAUUGUUGAAGGCCAUCACAUAUGCCAAAGGAUUUGGCAUGCUGUAAACAAAACAAAAACAAAAAAGAAAAAAACCGAAAAACGUUACAAAACUUAGUAAAUAUAAUAAGAGGGAUAAUUUGGUGGUGAUAGUGUCCCAGUACAGAAAGGCUGUAAGAUAGUGAACCACAGUAGUCAUCGAUGUCUGUGCCUCCCUUCUUUAUUGGGGACAUUGUGGGCUGGAACAGCAGAUUUCAGCUACAUAUAUGAACAAAUCCUUUAUUAUUAUUAUAAUUAUUUUUUUGCGUGAAAGUGUUACAUAUUCUUUCACUUGUAUGUACAGAGAGGUUUUUCUGAAUAUUUAUUUUAAGGGUGAAAUCACUUUCGCUUGUGUUUAUUACUGCUUGAGGUUGAGCCUUUUUGAGUAUUUAAAAUAUAUAUACCAACGAAACUACUCUCGCAAGGAAAACAUUGCCACCAUUUGUAGACCAUGUAAUCUUCAAGUAUGUGGGUUUUUUUUGUUUGUUUGAUUUUUUUUUGUUUCUUUUUUUUGUUUUUUGGGUUUUUUUUUGUUUGUUUGUUUCUUUUCCCCCUGUAUCUAGCUCAAAUCAGGACCUUCUUUUUUCCCCCCCUCCUAUCAAUUUGCUUUUGAAACUUGAAGUCUUGGAAACAGUGUGGUGCAAGUACUGCUGUUCUAGCCCCCAAAGAGUUUUCUGUACAACAUUGUGAGAAUCAAUAAAGAUGGAAGGGAGAACUUGGAAUGUUUGAACCACAGCCCUCAGAACUUGACUUUAGUAACAGCACAGCAAAUUAAACAACUCAUGCCACAGUGUGUUGUCUUCAUGUGUCUGCAGUGAACGGUUCCAGUAGCCAGUCCUCUUAGUAUCUGAAAGGACAGGGUUUUUUUGUUUGUUUGUUUUUGUUGUUUUAUGUUUACUGGGGAAAGUGCAUUUGGCCAAAUGAUAGGGUAGUCAAGCCUAUUGCAACAAAAUUAGCAAGUUUGUUGUAUAAACAAGCAUGUAAAAGUGCACUUAAAAUGAAUCUUUAUUAUUACCUAGAUUUUAAAUAGACAAUCCAAAGUCUCCCCUUCUGUUGCCAUCAUCUUGUUUAAUCAGCUAUUUUCCAAGGCACUCGAUCAGUGUUGCAGCAUAACAGAAAGGAUGGCUACUGUGCCUUGUGUUCCUUAGUCACACAGUAAGCAGGCCUGCAAAUGAAUGGAACUAUUACUCCUGAAAAUUACAUUGUAUAUCCCCCAAAUUAAAUUUUACUUCAAAAGUGUUAAAUAUUUCGUGUGCUAUAGAAAAGAACAAAUAGGCUUCAAUUACUGGAUAUUUAAUGUAGUUUCCCAUUCGUAGUCUUCUAUGUCUGUGAUGUUAAUUUCUCUUGUUGCAUAAUGAAAUAAAAGAAUUAUGUAUUUUUAACUAAGGAGAGACAUACUGGUAUAUCAUUUUACUACAAGCUACAGCUAAUUUGUUGAGCUUGUGCCUUGAUUAUUUUAACAGUUAGUACAAAAUCAACCUUAUAUUUUAAAAUUAGGGGAAAAUGUAGCUUUCAAAUCAUUGAAAGUGGGGAAAAGAUGUCUUUCAGGAUUUUUUUCAUUCUUGUAGUAAUUGAAACAGAAGUAUUAUUUACUGUAAUGAUAAAUAAAGCAGUGGCUUAAAAAAACAAACUAUACCUUAAUGGGGAAGAAAAAAGAACACAGUGCUUUCCAAUUGUAAUAUUUUAAUGUGGGUUUAUCCUGGGCUAGCCUUUAGAACACUGUUGUGGUAUGUAUGCUACCUUGACAAUAGGACCCCUAAAUGUGACUCUAGUCAUCUUAAAGGGCCUCUCAUCCACUUUGCUUCUUAUGUAUUAUGAAAUUGCUAAGAAGACAAAUUAAGUGGGUACAUUUUAUAAAAUAAAUUUGUGAAGAAAUUUGUGUUCUUCAGUUCUCAAGUUUUAUUAUCACUACAGUAUUGAAGUAGUUGUGAUACUAUACUUGUGUGAAAGUUUCAAGUGAUAAUAUAGAUUAUCAGACAGAAGUAACAUCAUUAUAUUUAAUAGAAAGUGAGAAAAAACCUAAAAGAGUUUUAAGAGGAUAGAAUAAACUCAUUUGUUUCUCAAUUAGUUUUUUCUCAGCAUGUUACCACGUUAUUAUGGCUACCUUUUCCUUAUUGCUUUCUUAGACUGGCAAGGAACAGUAUCUUAGGAGUAAAAAAAAAAAUACCUUUUAUUGUUGUCAAAUGUUUCAAAGUUACAGCAUAAAAGCACAGCCUGCAGCAAAACUUUUCUGGAGAUUUGGCAGCUGCAGCAAAUUAAUUGAGUGUCUGAUUGUAUAUAUUGUGGUCUAUAGUUAAUUGUGUGAUCAAGUCCAGUUACAGUUACCUUAGCUUUAUUUGGAGAUACAUCCCUGUAUAGGAAAGGUAUAUGUCAGAAGAAACCUAUAAAUGAGGCUCCGGAGAACAUGUUCAUGGUAUCAUGUGGCACAUGCUUAUGACUAGGCAGCAUCACUGUUUCUAUAAGGUGGCUAUGCUGAAACUUAAACCUGUCUUCAGGAUUUUUUUUCUCAAGAAUCCACAUAAUCUACUAGAAGUGUUUUUCUGAGGCUACUCUGUAUCUUUACCCUUCCUCCUCUUCCCAGGACCACCAGAGUAAAAUAAUAAUAAUAAUAAUAAUAAUAGUAGCAACUGUCACUUGUUGCUUCUCUUAUCUUUUUUCCUCUUAUUCCAUGUUAGGACUAUAAAACAAUCCCUGGUAUUUGGUGGGGAAGGUGUUUAGAUAGAGGCUCCCCUUUUUUUCUUUCUACAUUCAAAUCAGUAAAUUGACUUUGCUAACAGUUACAAGAAGUUUUAGUUACAUGUAUGUACUACAUUUCACUUUGUGAAGGCUCCUAAUCGAGUAAUAUUUCACUGAAAGUGUACUUUGAAUGUACUUUGCAACAAUACUAGUAAUCUCCUAUUUUCCAUAUGGAGAACUCUUGUUUUUAAUCCUUGAUAUCACUGCAGCAUUGGGCUACUACUUCCUGAACAGCUCAUUUUUCCAUCCCAACUCAUCUACACUGUGUGUGAAUACUCUUCUGAUUGUACCUAUAAGUACUUGUCUUAACUUUUUGGUCAACCUCAGUAAUUCCCCAAAAUUCUUCUCUAGCAGCUUAUCUUAUCGGACUUCUAUUUCCAAGAUGUCUUCAUGGUAUCUCAAAGUCAGUACAGUACCUAUUAAAAUUCUUACUCUUGUAUUUUCUAGCCAUUAUUUUUUUGCUUGUGGGGACUGAUGAAAUGGCCUAGUGGGCAAAAUUUUCCACACAAAAUUUGAUGACCUGAAUAGUCUCCCCAGACCCCACAUACACAUGGAAGGAAUGAGGAGCUUCAUAGCAUUAUCCUGACCUUUACACGUGUGUUAUGACUUUUGCUGCCCUCCUCCCACUUUAUCGUACGUAUCAGAAUAAUACAUUACGUUUAUUUUGUCUCACCUUUAAUGCAGUUACUGACAUUUUUCAUCCCUAAAGUUGUCAGCUCUUUUCUCUCAAACCUAUUCUGUUCAAUUUUACUUUAUUUCAGGCCCUAAUCCCUUGGUGCAAGUUAUCUUCCCUGACUCUUAAUUACUUCUAAUUCUUUUCAUUCUCCUAAAGCAGUUUUUCUUAUUUAAUGUAAUAACUUCCCCUUUGGAUAAGUCUUGCCCCAUACAGAGGGAUUUCUGUGUAAUUUCCUAGUGCAGACUGUUAACCAGCACCCAUCUACAUCCCUACUUAGCAUUGUUACUUAGACUUUGUACAACUCACAUAUUCUUCAAGUUGAAUAUUCAGAGUAUCAUGUUCAUAAAGACUUCUGUUCCCACAGUAUACCUUCAUACCCACGGUACACAGCCUGGUGGAUUACAUUUACUGGAACAGUUGAGACUUUCAGAAGUGACUACUGUUCUCUUAUGGGUUUGCUUUGAUUUUUGAAUCUUUCUAUUUUUUUUAACAUUGUCUUGCGUGGAGUCUAAAUAAAAAGUCACAGUGGAAAUUGGUCCAUAAUGAUUUUUCUGUCUUUCAGGCAGUAGGUACAGAAGAGACAGAAGGAUCUAUUGAAAGAAUAGGUGGUUAUGUUGAAACUUAAACCUGUUUUCAAGAAUUUUUCUAAAGAAGUGUUUUUCUGAGGCUGCUGUUUGUGAUGUUCGAUCCUUUAGUUGCUUAUUUUAAGACUAUCUUUACUCUCUCUACCCUUCCCAGGACCACCAGAGUACAAUAAUACUAAUAGCAACUUUCACUUGCUGCUUCUCUUCUCAUAUUCUGUUGGUCACUAUAGAAGAUAGAUCUGGACUCACUGAAUCAUAUUAGCCUAUGGAAAAGGAAGUCAGAGAGUUGGAAAGCAUUAGCUUGUUUGAAAGCAAGAGUUUUUGUGACUCUCUACUUUCUACCUUCUGUUGUACUCUAGCAAUCAGUAACCACCUUAUUUAUGCCAUCCACAAACUUCCCUUUAUUCCAGCACUGAUAGCAGCUGGCACCUUUAGUCAUUCUGCUAUUACUCGCCCCUCAGAUUUUCACAGAGGAAUCCUCCAGAUGCUGUUCUAUGUAAAUGGGAGUCAUAUUUAACAUUUUUUUAUACUUUGUAAGUCAAAUUCCUAUAAAUUCUGGAGAGAACUCUCAGUGACUGCUGAGUACCCGGGUUCAUGCGCCUUCAUUUCACAAAAUAAGUCAGUCACUGUUACUUGAGAAAUUAUACACCUUACCAAAAGUCCUAUAGCCAGGAAAAUGAAUGACUAAAUUAUUUUCUUCUUUUCAUCUUCCCCUUGCAAAAAAAAAAAGCAUCAAGUUAAGUGUCUUAGGCUGAUAUGCAUGGGACCUAAGAUCGUUAUCCUAAUUAUUUUUCAUUCUUCAGAAAUCUAUAGAAAAUGAUGUGGACAGUGUAUGGAAAAUAGUACAGAGGGGUUGAGAUUGUAACUGUCAUUCAAAUGACUCCAGAGUUUAGUUUUGAUCCUGCCAUUCUUUUGACUUGGAUUUUACCCAGUCCUACCUUAUUGUGUGAUUUUAAUGAAAUUACCAUACAGAUGCUAGAUAACAUCUUGGAAGACAUCCUGAGAGGAGUUCUCCCAACAGUUGCUUAAUUAACUAAAAGAAAAACAUCAAGAGAUUGGAAUUGUCUGUAAUAAAGAUUUAUUUUGGAAGAGUUGACCUUAUCCACCUUUAAAUGGAAGAGAUUUGCUUUCACUUAACUUUGUUUGAGAUACAAUUCACGUAAUAUAAAUUCACCCCUUUAAAAAGUGUAAAAUUUGUGGUUAUAGUCUAUUCACAGAGUUGUGAAGUUGUCAUUAUAUAUAAUUCCAGAGCAUUUUCAUCACUGUAAAAAGUUUUCUGUACCCAUUAGGUGUGACCGCCUGUUCCUAACACCCAGCCCCUGGCAACUACUUAUCUACAUAUGCCUAUGAAUUUGUCUAUUUUGGACAUUUCAUGUUAAUGGAGUCAUAUGAUAUGUGGCCUUUUUUGUCUGUUCCCCAACCGCCCCUAAAGAAAUGAGUUCAAAGUACAUCCUUGUAGCAUGUAUCAGAACUGUUUUCUUUUGUGGCCGAAUAUGUCAUUAUGUUGAUAUAAUGUAUUUUUUUGCUUGUCUAUUUGGUUGUUGAUAUUGUAUUGUUUCUGCUUUUUGCAUAUUAUGAAUACUAUAACUAUGAACACUUUGUGUACAAGUUAAGUUUUCAUUUCUCAUAUUUCUCAUGUCCUGUAAGCAUCUUAUGAUUUUAGUUCUUAAAUUUCGGUCUCUGAUCCAUUUUUGCAUGUGGUGCAUUGUAGGGAUCCAGUUUCAUUCUUUAAUAUGUAACUAUCAAGCACAUAAAUAAUUGUUAUAUAGACUAAUAAUUAUCUCUUUAUAAGUAGGCUUGACAUCCUUGUGACAAACAAAACAGAUUCCCGGACACACACACACAAGUGAGUGUAAAAAUGGACUCCUUGACUUUAAUCCAUUGUUUUAUGUGUUCUUAAGCCAGUACCACAUUGUCUUAUUGUAACUCUUUAGUAGGUUUUGAAUUUAGGAUGUACGUGUCCACCAAUUUUGUUCUACUUCAAGAUCAUUUUACCUAUUCUGGGUCCCUUGCAUCUCACAUGAAUUUUAGGAUCAAUUUGUUAAUUUCUGCGUAACAAGCACCUGUGAUUUUGAUAGUUUUUGUGUUGAUUCAAUACAUCAGAUUGAAGUAUGUUGGUAUUUUAACAGUAUUAAAUUUUCUAAUCCAUAAACAUGGAGUGUCUUUCCAUUUAUUUAGGUCUGUAAUUUCUUUCAGUGCUAUUUUAUAGAUUUUAGUGUAUACAUCUUGAAUUUAUUACAUUAAAUGUUUCUCAAAGGUAGUUUUCUUGACACUAUUACCAACAGUUGUUUCUUUUGGAUUAUUCAUUGCUAGCAUCUAGAAAGGAUCGAAUUUUGUGUAUUGACCUUGUAUACUACAGCUAUUCUUAGCUGAUUCUGUUUUUAAUUUUUUUCCUGUAUACAAGAUUGUGCAUCUGUCAAUAUAAAUACUUUUUCUUCCUUUCAAAUCUGGAUUCCUUUUAUUUGAUUUUCCUGCCUUAGUUCCCUGGCUAGCACGCCCAGUAUAAUAAUAAAUAGAAGUGGUAAGAGUGAACAUCUUUUUCUUGUUCCUGAUUUUAUGGGAAAAGUAUUAGGUCUUUCACCAUUAAAUAUGAUUUUAGCUGUGGGUUUUUCAUAGAUGCUGCAAGUUGAGGAAAUUUCCAUCUAUUCCUACUUUAUUGAGUGUUUUUUAUCAAAAAAAAUACUGAAUUUUGUCAAAUGCUUCUGUAUCUAUUAAGGUUGUCAUGUAGUUUUUGUCCUUUAUUCUCUUGAUAUGUUGUAUUACAUUGAUGGAUUUUUUUGUAUAUUGAACAAACCUUGCAUUCCUGGAAUAACCCCACUUGUCUAUGCUACAUAAAUCAUUUUCUAUGCUGCUGGA